AAGAUUUAUUUGUAGUGAUUCAUUGACAAAGUAUUGUGUGGACCACAAACCCCCAGUGAUUUUCCUCUUCGGCCGACUUGCUAAUGAAGUUGAAUAGCCCUGACCUAAAGCAUCCAUUGGUACCAGUAAUGACCUGCUAGUUUGUUGGGAUGGGGGCUAAAUAAUGCUCAAAAUGUUGGCUUCAUUUUAUAAGGGACAAAAGUUUCAAACUUUGCACAAAUUCUGUGUAAAAAAUGGUAUUUACCCAAAAUGGCUGCAACAAUUUAUAUGACCUAAUUGAUCAUGGAAAUCGCCAUCACAUGCUUCCAUCAUAAUGUUCUAACGUCUAAACUUUCAGAAUUGUUGGGUCUGAGUCUCUCGAUUCAAGAAACAAUGUUUGUCCCGCUCCCCUUCAAGCAUUUCAGAACUUUCCCAGAAGACAAGAUUGCAUUAAAUAAGUCUGCCAACUUUUCACCUUUCAUGUCCCACUGCAGGACGUCGUCCCAUCCGACCCAAUCUGGACCAGGAGCACUGGUUCUUCUUAUUUUCUGUAAUAGUCCAAUAACCUCUUCCAGUGUUAUUGGACUGUAGAAAGAGACAUUAUCAACCCUUUGUGAUGAUGAUGAUGAUGAUGAUGAUGAUGAUGAUGAUGAUGAUGAUGAUGGUCAUCAUUGGUUAAUUAAGUGAAUGAAAGAGUCAGAAUUCUUAAUUUCUUAGUAUGACAUGUUCUGUUCAAAUUAAGUGAUAAGAUUAUUUUUUAUUCUUUGAAUCAGCAGUCAUUGAAGGUUGAUAACUGGGACUAAACUGCCACUUGGGAACAAUUAUCAUGUUAGAGAUAUAGACCUUUUCAAAAUACCUAAGUAGAAUUUGCCACCUUGGGUUGUACCAAUUAGUGAAAAUCGGCCACCACUAUUGUGAUGUGUUAUAAAGAACGUGUUCAUCUCCACAGAAAGAAGAGCAAAACUCCUGUUUCUGUGGAGGAGCAGCGGUCCAGCUGUGCUUUGUGUCAGGACGUCCUGAAGGAUCCAGUCUCUACCAGCUCUGCACAAACAGAUAGAGGUCUGCAGCAGGUUUUAGAUGAACAUAGGAUCAGUCUGAGGAGGAGAUGUGAAUGUGUGACUGAAGGAAGUGAAGAAACAGUGAGUAAAACCCUCCUCAACAGGAUCUACACUGAGCUCUACAUCACAGAGGGACCGAGUGAAGAGGUUAAUAUCCAACAUGAGGUGAAGCAGCUUGAGACAGCUUCCAAGAAAAAGACCCUCCGUGACGCUCCAAUCAAGUGCCACGACAUCUUUAAAGCCUUACCUGACCAACAGGUACACAUCAGAGUCGCUCUGACGGUCGGCGUCGCUGGCGUUGGAAAAACCUUCACAGUGCAGAAGUUCACUCUGGACUGGGCAGAGGGUUUGGAAAACCAAGAUGUCAGUCUGGUGAUUCUGCUUUCCUUCAGGGAGCUGAACUUGAUCAAAGCUGAGCAGUACAGUCUUCUCAGGCUGCUCCAUGUUUUCCAUCCAACCUUACAGAAGGUCACAGCAGAGACGCUCGCUGUCUGUAGCGUUUUGUUCAUCUUUGACGGCCUAGAUGAAAGCAGACUUUCACUGGAUUUCCACAACAAUGAGGUUGUGUCUGAUGUCACACAGCAGUCAUCAGUCAACGUGCUGUUGACAAACCUCAUCAGGGGGAAUCUGCUUCCCUCGGCUCUCGUCUGGAUAACUUCCCGACCUGCAGCAGCCAAUCAGAUCCCUCCUGCACGUGUGGACAGGGUAACAGAAGUACGAGGCUUCACUGACCUCCAGAAGGAGCAGUACUUCAGGAGGAGAUUCAGUGAUGAAGAACGGUCCGGCAGAAUCAUCUCUCACAUCCAGACAUCCAGGAGCCUCCACAUCAUGUGUCUGAUCCCCGUCUUCUGCUGGAUCACUGCUACAGUUCUGGACCACAUGUUGACUACAGACCAGAGAGGAGAGCUGCCCAAGACCCUCACUGACAUGUACUCACACUUCCUGCUGGUUCAGACCAAGAGGAAGAAGCAGAAGUAUGAUGAGGGACAUGAGACGAGUCCACAAGAGCUGAUGGAGGCUGAUGGGGAAGUUCUUCUGAAGCUGGGGAGGCUGGCGUUUGAACAUCUGGAGAAAGGAAACAUCAUGUUCUACCAAGAAGACCUGGAGCAGUGUGGUCUUGAUGCCACGGAGGCCUUGGUGUACUCAGGAGUUUGUACAGAGAUCUUCAAAAGAGAGAGUGUGAUCUUCCAGAAAACAGUCUACUGCUUUGUUCAUCUGAGCAUUCAGGAGUUUCUGGCUGCAGUCUACCUGUUCCACUGUUACAGCAACAGGAACACAGAGGUACUGAAGGACUUCCUGGGGAAACACUGGAAGAAUGACUCAUCCCUGGAUGUUUUCUUGUCUGAAGCCAUGGAGAAAUCCCUCAGAAGUAAGAAUGGCCACCUGGACCUGUUUGUCCGCUUUCUCCACGGCCUCUCUCUGGAGUCCAACCAGAGACUCUUAGGAGGCCUGCUCGGUCAGACAGACAACAGUCCAGAAAUGAUCCAGAGAGCCAUCAACACCCUGAAGGAGAUGUGGGAUUAUGAGACCUCUCCUGACAGAAGCAUCAACAUCUUCCACUGUCUGACAGAGAUGAAGGACCACUCAGUACAUCAGGAGAUCCAAGAGUUCCUGCAGUCAGAGAACAGAUCAGAGAAGAAACUCUCCGAGAUCCACUGCUCAGCUUUGGCCUACAUGCUGCAGAUGUCAGAGGAGGUUCUGGAUGAGUUGGACCUGCAGAAGUACAACACGUCAGAGGAGGGACGACGGAGACUGAUUCCAGCUGUGAGGAACUGCAGAAAGGCUGUACUUUCUGAAUGUGAAAUGUCAGAGACUGAAUGUGAAGUCGUGGCCUCAGCUCUGAAGUCCAACCCCUCCCAUCUGAGAGAGCUGGAUGUAGAAUCAAUGCAGGAUUCAGGAGUGAAGCUGCUGUCUGCUGGACUGCAGAGUCCAAACUGUAGACUGGAGACGCUGAGAUUGUGGGGCUCCAGUCUGUCAGUGAUCAGCUGUGCUCCUCUGGCCUCAGCUCUGAAAUCCAACCCCUCCCAUCUGAGAGAACUGGACCUGAGUUACAUCGAGCUGCAGGAUUCAACAGUGAAGCUGCUGUGUGACCUUCUGGAGAGUCCAGACUGCAGACUGGAGACUCUCAGAUUGAGGGGCUACAGUCUGUCAGAGAUCAAAUGUGCUCCUCUGGUCUCAGCUCUGAAGUCCAACCCCUCCCAUCUGAGAGAGCUGGACCUGAGUUACAACAAGCUGCAGGAUUCAGGAGUGAAGCUGCUGUCUGACUUUCUGGAGAGUCCAGACUGCAGACUGGAGACUCUCAGGUCAGUCAGGGUCCGACUCAGUCUCUGCUGGUUCAGCAGUAUUGUACUAAACACAGGGGGGUUAAUGUGUUACUCACUCGGAAACGAAUGCUGGCGCAUACGAAAUAUAUACGGCAAUACACUGGUGUAGGUUGAUAUAAAUCAG